AUGACGUCUGCAAAGUUUCGCAGGCCUCCGCAGGCGCCUCCCAGUUUCACAGCCACGCCGGAGUCGGUGUUGGAAGAAACCAAGAAGAUGUUGGCAAAGUCCGCGAAAAUCACCGAUAAUAUUGUGGCGACCAUCUCAGAGAAGGAUGCCACCUUUCAGAAUGUCCUCCUUCCUAUGGCCCACGAUGAAAAUCAAUCGACACUAAAGGCACAUAUUCUCAGUUUCUACCAAUCGGUUUCUACCAACCGGGCACUGCGAGACGCCUCGACGGAAGCUGAAAAGAUGAUGGAUGAAUUUAGCAUUGAGGCGGCUAUGCGAGAAGAUGUAUUCAAGCUCGUGGAUGCUGUGCUUAAGCGAGGAGACAAACUUGACCCUGAAUCUCAAAGGCUGCUCGAAAAGGAAUACAGAAGCUUUGUACGAAACGGCCUGAAUAUCCCCGCGGGACCGAAGCGAGAUCGUUUCAAGGAAAUCAAGAAGCGACUCAGCCAACUGGGUAUUGCCUUCUCCAAGAACCUGAAUGAAGAGAAGGGCGGCUUGUGGUUUACCGCCGACGAGCUCAAUGGAGUCCCCGCCGAUGUGGUGUCCCUGCUCAAGAAGGAAGGCGACAAAUACUGGCUUACUUUCAAAUAUCCGGACCUCUUCCCAACUCUCAAAUACGCCACCAAUAGCGCGACCCGACAGAAAGUCUUUAUUACCAACGAAAACAAGUGCAACCAGAAUGUGCCACUAUUUCGCGAAGCCGUCCUUCUUCGAGAUGAAGCCGCCCGCCUGCUAGGGUAUCCCAAUCAUGCUGCUUUCAGGAUUGAGGACAAGAUGGCCAAGACCACGAAGACCGUGGACGAUUUCCUGGGCGACUUACGACGUAGAUUGAGCCAAGGCGGCUUGGAUGAGAUUGAAACACUGAAGGCAUUGAAAAAGGAAGACUUGGAAUCUCGAGGGGAGACGUUUGAUGGCCGAUAUUAUCUCUGGGAUCACCGCUUUUACGACCGGAUGAUGGAGGAAAAGGAUUACCAACUCGACCAACAGUUGAUCUCGGAAUGGUUCCCUUUGCAAACCACCAUCAAAAGUAUGUUCGAGAUCUUUGAGCAGCUAUUUGGGUUGUCUUUCGUUGAGAUCGUGGGCGCCGACCGUGCCGCGGUUUCUUCUUCCGGUAAAGGUGGGGACAUUGUCUGGCAUGAAGAGGUGCAGGUCUUUAGUGUCUGGGACGAUGAAGGCGAAGGCGGCGGCUUCGUGGGUUAUUUGUAUCUCGAUUUGUUUCCCCGUACCGGCAAAUACGGCCACGCUGCCAACUUCAACCUUCAACCCGGCUUCAUCCAAGAAAACGGCACGAGGAGAUAUCCGGCGACGGCCCUCGUCUGCAACUUUUCCAAACCAACGGCAAAGAAGCCUAGUCUACUAAAACAUGACGAAGUCACAACGCUCUUCCAUGAACUCGGUCACGGAAUCCACGACCUGGUCUCCCGAACAACUUAUUCACGCUUCCAUGGCACUAGCACUGUGAGAGACUUUGUAGAGGCACCGAGUCAAAUGUUGGAGAACUGGUGUUGGACACCAUCUCAGCUGAAGUCGCUGAGUAGACACUACUCGACAUUGUCAUCCGAUUAUUACGAUUCGUGGAGAGAAACAGCGGGAUCUUCCGCGGCAACGCCAGAGGAACGUAUCCCCGACAAACUCAUCCAGAAAUUGAUCAAGACCAAGCACCUGAACGGCGCACUCUACAAUCUCCGACAACUACACUUUGGAAUCUUUGACAUGACGAUCCACGAGCCCGAGGAUCACGAAACCCUGGAAAAGAUGAACAUCUCCGAAAUAUAUAACUCCCUAAGAAAAGACAUCAGCAAGAUCGAUGGGCCAGAAGUGUUUGGGGAAGGCAAUGCCUGGGGUAACGGUCAAGCCACCUUUGGUCAUUUAAUGGGUGGUUAUGAUGCCGGCUACUACGGCUACCUGAGUUCCCAGGUCUACUCGACAGAUAUGUUCUACACGGUAUUCAAGAAGAACCCCAUGGAUCCUAAGGAAGGACGGCGGUACCGGCACACGGUCCUCGAACGAGGCGGCAGCCAGGAUGAAAUGCAGACGCUGAUCGAAUUCUUGGGCAGAGAACCCAAGAGCGACGCAUUUUACGAGGAAUUGGGCCUGACCAAAAAUACACAAUCGGGUGCCGCGACUACUUGA